AUGCAUAUUACCAAAGCUUACUCCACAACACCAAACCCUUCUCUUCAAAUCCUUGCGAGGAAGGCACCUAUUGACAGUUACAUCCGACUACAAGAAAAAAUCUGGCAGUUAAAGUGGGGCAAUACCAUCCAUGUUAAUAAUCAACAAAUACAUCGUCAAGAGUUAGAACGACCAGUCCAAUUCGCUGAUAUUAAACACCCUGCUUCUCUUAAGAAACUAAACUUCUCGCGACCUGAUGAUGCUGAUAUUCAAAUCUUUACAGAUGGAUCUAAGACUAAUUCUAAUGUGGGCAGUAGCUAUGUGGUCUACCGGGACAAUGUGGAGACUGCCUCAGGGCAGUUCAAGCUUGGUGCCGGCUGCACAGCCUUUCAGGCUGAAAUGUAUGCAAUCAAAAUGGCCAUUGCCUGGUCUGACUCAAAUUAUACCAAUACUAAAGUGUCCAUCAUCUCAGACAGUCAAUCCUCUAUAGCCUUGCUCAAUAGUCAAGCUUCUCACCCUAUCUCAGCUAGUAUCCACGACAUCAUUAACAAUUCCAAUAAUAUCUAUCACGUCAGCUGGACUCGUGCCCAUCAGGGCACACUUGGUAAUGAGAGGGCCGACAUACUUGCAAAGACUGCCAGUGAAGACGACAAUCUCCGGAUCUGCUAUAAUAGCCCUACCAUUAAAACUAUCAAGAAUAUGCUUUGGAAAGACCUACUUCAGCAGUGGCAACAUGAUUGGAACACGCUUAACCAUCCAAUUACUCACAAAUUUAUUCCCAAUAUUGAACUAUUUCUCUCAAACAAUUGGUACAAACCAUGUCAUCGUAUGUCUCAAUUUUUAACAAAUCAUGGCAGGUUCCAGUCUUACCUGGCCAGAUUUAUCGGAGCUGCAAACUCUGAUUGUCCUCUUUGUGGUGUGGACGACAGCUCGGAUCAUUAUAUCUUCAACUGUCCUAUGUUGGAUCACGAAAGGCACUUUCUGAGGUCCUCUAUGGAGGCGCACGGAUACCGCUGGCCCAAUGAAUCCCACGGUAUCCUGGACAAUAAAGACGCCUAUGAGGCCCUCACAAGGCUCAUCAGUGCAUACUUUUAUCGCACCACCGUUCCUGGAUACAAAUAA